AUGUCACUUUCCAAGGCUACCCGAAUCCGUUCGUUGACGAACCCCAGGAACGCUUUCCGAAACCUGAGCAGCACGUUCUGCCUCCAUGGCCCUACACAUUCCGAAGCACGACCUGGUACUUUGGACGUCGGGGGGCUGUCUUCUGCGGUGAAGAUUGCUUCAAAGGGAAAAGCGCAAAUGGCUGCGCUUGGCCAUGGUAUGGCUUCUGCCUUGCCUCGUGCAGAUCCUUCUAUGCUCAUGCGCCACCCCGCUGUCCUGCUCGGCACCACCCCAAGCUCAGAGUCAGCCGCAGAUACAUCGUCCGGCACAAGUCGAGUGGUCUCUGGCGUGCUCUCUCCUGUGCCGCGGAUUGGGCCCUCGCACGUUCAGCUUAGGCCUCAGCUUGGGGUCAAGCGCACGAUCGAGAGAAUUCCCAGCGGCAUCCUCGUGCCGAGCUGUGAUGUCAACGCCAGCAUAUCCCACAAUGGCUCACUGGCUUCUUUGUCUGCACCGCUUUCUCUGCCUCCCUCGAUCUCGCUUACUUCCGUUGAUUUGGAGAUAGCCCUGACACGGGUGGCGCAGGUUACGGUUCUUCGUUCUGCCUUGGCCUCGGUGCCGUCCGCACUGGAUAUAAGAAGCGCGAAUCUCUAUCGACAGGCUCCAGAUAUCAGCCAAGUGCCACCCCAACCCGACACCCUUCGCAUGUCGACUAUCGGCUUUUCACCCGAGGUGCUCGUCGUUAUAACGCCGACAGCCUAUGACUUUAAGAUAGAACUUCCAGGGAUCCAGCAUGGAGCGGUCCAGGUACACACCACCAGCGAGAGGGCAUCAGUCGUGGUGGACGCUCGACUUGUGCGUCUUCGGAAGAAUCCAACGUGGAAGUGGGAAAUCAUGGGCUUCGCUUAUGCUUAUCUAAGCGAGACCAAAGUAAAGGUGGACAACGGAACCAUCCUGAUCCAGGUACCGCACUUGCCGACACUACGGCCUCAGUUACUUCCUCCUCCGAGAGUGCAUGUACGUGAACGGCCGUCCGAGUGGUCGUCCAACUGA